AGGCUCCCCGCGGCUGGGGGACGGGGCACAGCGGGCGGAGCAGCCUCCCACCCCUGCGCCGCUGGCUCCCAUGCUCCCGCUGCCGGAGGGGGAUGAGGCUGGCAAGGUCCCAGGCAGCGCGGUGUCCGCUCUCCUCCCCGCUCUAACGAGAGGGAUUGCUCCACAUGGGUGUUGGUGCCAGAAGAAAAGAAUGAUUGAUGGGAAACAGACACCAGGCUGUAGACACUCAUCCUUUUGCUUCAGAUGCUGAUUUAUCAGUGCGUCUAGGUAUCCCUUGUGAGCUUUGAACACGGAGGAUCACUCGGGGUUAUCGACAGUACAAGUGAAGACCUACAACUUUGCUAAAUUAUUAUCUGCUCUCGGACAUCUUUUACAAAAAGCCCGGAUAGACACAUGAUAAGACAAAGGACAAGCUUCAGAUUUCUGUGAAAAGCUGUCCUUUGAAUAUGUUAGGCUUCCACCAAAGUCUUCAACUUAGUAAAGCAAGUACCAUAUUCUAACGCUUCACGUUCAGUUGUGGAACCUGUUUUAUAAGAUACAUACAUAAAUAUAUGUGUACAUAUAUUUAUAAUCUAUAGACUGUCCUUAAAUCAAUACUGGUUAUAAUUAUCAAGGCAAUUUCAAAGGAUUUAGAGAUGUAUUUGUCAAGAUUCCUGUCACUUCAUGCCCUUUGGGUUACUGUAUCUUCAGUGAUGCAGCAUUAUCCUUCAGUGUGGGGACAUUAUGAUGUGUGUAAGACUCAGAUUUACACAGAAGAAGGAAAAAUUUGGGAUUACAUGGCCUGUCAGCCGGAAGCCAGAGACAUGAUCAAAUAUGUGAAAGUGACCCUGGAUCCCCCUGAUAUAACAUGUGGAGAUCCUCCCGAGACCUUCUGUGCAAUGGGGAAUCCCUACAUGUGCAAUAAUGAAUGUGAUGCAACUACCAAUGAACUGGCACAUCCACCUGAACUGAUGUUUGAUCUUGAAGGAAGACAUCCCUCCUCAUUUUGGCAGUCUACAACUUGGAAAGAUUAUCCCAAACCUCUCCAGGUUAACAUUACCCUCUCCUGGAACAAAACCAUUGAACUAACCGAUAACAUAGUUAUCACAUUUGAAUCUGGCCGUCCAGACCAAAUGAUCCUGGAGAAAUCACUUGACUAUGGGCGAACAUGGCAACCAUACCAGUAUUAUGCCACAGAUUGCUUAGACGCUUUCCAUAUGGAUCCCAAAUCAGUGAAGGAUUUAUCACAGCACACAGUCCUAGAAAUCAUUUGCACAGAAGAAUACUCCACUGGGUACAUGACAAAUAGUAAAAUCAUCCACUUCGAGAUCAAAGAUCGAUUUGCAUUUUUUGCUGGACCUCGGCUUCAUAAUAUGGCUUCCUUGUAUGGCCAGCUUGACACAACCAAGAAGCUGAGAGAUUUCUUUACCAUCACAGACCUGAGAAUCAGAUUGCUCAGACCAGCAACUGGGGAAAUAUAUGUUGAUGAGCAACACUUGGCACGCUACUUUUAUGCAAUCUCAGACAUAAGGGUAUAUGGAAGGUGCAAGUGUAACCUUCAUGCCACUGGCUGUAAAGAAGAAAACAAAAAAUUGUUUUGUGAAUGUGAGCACAAUACUACAGGCCCAGACUGCGGGAAAUGCAAGAAGAAUUAUCAGGGUCGACCUUGGAGUCCUGGCUCAUAUCUGCCUAUUCCUAAGGGCACAGCAAAUAUCUGUAUUCCCAGUAUUUCCAGUAUUGGUAAUCCACCAAAGUUUGAUAGGAUAUGGCCGAAUAUUUCUUCCCUUGAGGUUUCUAAACCAAAUCAAGUUACUCCCAAAUUAGCUUUGUCAACUGUUUCUUCUGUUCAAGUUGCAAACCACAAGAGAGCAAAUGUAUGUGACAAAGAACUACUGCAAUGCCAGAAUGGAGGAACAUGCCUCAAAAACAUGCGAUGCCAGUGCCCUCCAGCCUACACUGGCAUUUUGUGUGAGAAGCUGAAGUGUGAAAGGGAUCCAGGAGGUUGCAGCCAAAACUCCGGCAACAUGGCAGUAUCACAUGGCCCUCUAUUACCGCUGACUGCUCUACUAGGAGUAACUGGGCUUUUCAUAUUCUAGGCUCCGUCUGGUUGAUGGCAUCGCGUUCAGACUGCUUCAGAAGGAAUGUGCCACAAAA